CAUCACUCGUGCAUUCAUUCUUCCCAAGUCGUGCGCAUUUAGUAAUAAUGGCUCCCAUUGCUCCAAACAACAAGGAAUUCGACUUCAUCGUCGUUGGAGGGGGUACCGCUGGUAAUGUCGUUGCAGGCAGAUUGGCGGAGAACCCCAAGGUCUCCGUCCUUGUAAUCGAAGCCGGUGUCGGGAAUCCUCAGGAUGUGCCAGACAUCACGACGCCAGCUCAUGCCUUUGAUCUCCGAGACAGCAAGUAUGAUUGGGCCUACAAGACCACCAUGAUCGACCGUCCGGACUACACGCGGGUUGAGAAGCCAAACACUCGAGGAAAGGUCCUGGGUGGUAGCAGUUGUCUGAACUACUACACCUGGCUUCGAGGCAGUAAGCCAACAUUCGAUGACUGGGCCGAUUAUGCGGGUGAUGAUUGGACCUGGGAGAAGUGCAAAGACUACUUCAACAAGUCCGCCACCUACCACGAUGACCAGGGGAUCUACCCGCCAGAACUGAAGAAGGUUGGGAUCAACGGCCCAUUGCAGAUUGAGCAUGCGGAGCUGGUUCCCGAACUGAAGCCCUUCAGAGACGCUUUGGAGAAGGCUUGGCUCAGCAAGGGCGAGAAACUGACGGAUGAUGUCUACUCCGGGGAGCAGGCGGGUCUCACCAAGUGCAUGAACAGUAUCUACAAGGGUGUCCGCUCUUCCAGCUGGGUGUUCCUGCUGGGCAAGCCGAACAUCACCGUUCUGUCGUCCACCCACUCGAAGAGGCUGAUCAUCGAGAAUGGCGUCGCGAGGGGUAUCAAUGUUCACGGACCUAACGGCGAAGACUUGUCCUUCUACGCCAAGAGGGAAGUCAUCGUCUCUUCCGGUGUCUUCGAGUCUCCCAAGUUGCUGUUGCUCUCUGGUAUUGGCCCAGCGGAAGAGCUCGCAAGGCACGGUAUCGAUCCAGUCGUUAAAUCCCCCCACGUCGGGCAAAAUCUCCUCGACCACCCCAUCCUGGCCCACGUCUUCCAUCUCAAGGACGGGUACGGUCUCGACAACCACAUCCUGCGCGCGGGUCCCAUGAAGACGGCCGCCGUCCAGACCUACAAGAAAGACAAGACCGGGCCCCUGAGCAGCGGUCUCCUCGAACUCGUCGGUUUCCCACGUAUUGACGAAUACCUGAACCGCAGCAAGGAAUACGUCGAGUACAAGAAGAAGAACGGCAAUGUCGACCCCUUCGGACCUGGCGGCCAGCCUCACUUCCAGAUCGAUUUCGUCCCCAUGUUCGCCGACGCCUUCCAAUGGCACAUCCCCACUCCACCCACCGGCGACUGCCUCACCGUAAUCGUCGACCUCCUGCGCCCGCUCUCCCGCAACGGCACCGUGAAGCUGAACUCGACCAACCCGCUCGAGCAGCCCAACAUCAACCUGAACUUCUUCUCCGACGAUCUCGACAUCAUCGCGCUGCGCGAGGGCAUCCGCUUCAUCGACGACAUCAUCAUGAACGGCGAGGGCAUGAAGGAUAUCGUGCAGGGUGAUUACCCAUGGCCGAUGCCCCGCGCUUCCGACGCCGCUAUGAAUAAGAUGAUCUUGGAACGCUCGCAGACUGGAUUCCAUCCCUGCGGUACAAACCGUCUCUCCAAGAACAUCGCCGACGGCGUCGUCGACCCGAAGCUCAAGGUCCACGGGGUCAAGAACCUGCGCGUUAUCGACGCUUCAGUAUUCCCCGUUAUUCCCGACUGCCGUAUUCAAAACGCUGUCUAUAUGGUAGCUGAACGUGGUGCCGAUUUCAUUAAGGAGGAGUACAAGGAUUUGUAUCAGUAGAUGGGAUGGGAAUGUGGGAGAAUGAGAGAAAUUGUGAGUGAGUGAGUGAUGGGAUAGUAUGACGAAUUGAAUGAAAGAAUGAAAUGAAAUACUUAAUUCAUCCAUGAAAUGAGUAUUUUGUAUGUAUAUAAGUGUGUACUAACAAGAAGAUGCGAGACUGUUAUAUUAGGAAUAUAUGUAUAUACAUCUCACCAAACUUUUACAGAUACGAUUUAAAUAUGCACAAAUGAG